AUGAGCUGCUUGGAUGUGAUGUACCAAGUGUUUGGUCCUCAGCCUUAUUUCAGCUCCUACAGCCCGUAUCACCACCAGAAACUGGCUUUGUAUUCCAAAAUGCAAGACCCCCAGGACGGCGGCAGCGGCAGCGGCGGCCGGCUCGGUCCCGCCGGUCCCUCGGGUGCCCUGGCCAUCAAAGAGGAGGACAAGGAUCUGCCUCCGGGGGCCGAGUACCUGAGCUCCCGCUGCGUCCUGUUCACCUACUUCCAGGGAGACAUCAGCGCCGUGGUGGACGAACACUUCAGCCGAGCGCUCAGCCAACCCAACGCUUACCCGGCUUCAGCUUCCACCAGCCACAAGGCCGUAAGAGACGGAGCAUUCCCGAUGAGCCAAAGAAGUUUCCCUCCAUCUUUCUGGAACAGCUCCUACCAGCCGUCCGUCUCCUCCACGUUGGGCGGCGCUCUCUCCGCUCCUCACUCAGAGCUCUCCUUCCCCUCCGACCCGUACUCCUCCGCCUCGCUUCACAGCCACCUCCACCAGCCCAGCCCGGACGCCUGGCACCCGUCCCACCACCACCACCACCACCACCACCACCCGUACUCACUAGGGGGCCAGAGUUCGGCGUAUCCUCGUCCGGGCGUGCACGAGAUGUACGGAGCGGCGUUCGACCCGCGCUACGGCUCGCUGCUGGUGCCGUCGGUCAGGUCUCAUCACCGGCUGACGUCCGGCAGCUCGGUACGGGGGCCCAGCUCCUCGCCGUGUGACAUCGGGGGGAAGGGGGAGUCGGGGUCGGGGUCGGGGUCCGGGUGGAGCGGGACUUUCACGGGAGCCGGCGCGGAGAUCGGACUCAACAUGGACACAGGUCUGCAGACACAGGAUAAGACCAAGGAUUUGUAUUGGUUUUAA